ACCAAACCGGGUCGGAUCUGUUCUGCUAACGCAAAAACUGACAUACAAAUCCAAACUUAUUCAUUUCCUAGAUUUUCGUCAUCUUGAUUUUUUGUCAUAUUGUUAACAAAAUCCUCAUUUUCUCAUCGUAUUCUUUUACAACAAUCCAACUACACAAUUUGUGCCGUAAUUUUCUCUCAAUCUAAAAAAAAGAUUUAGUUUCAGCCUGAAAACUGGGGUGGUCUGAGUACAAGUGGUGAAAGUGAGUGAAAGUGAGACGGACAAAUUAACCAAGUUGGUUUCGACUCUUGAAUUUUGAUAUUGAAUAAAUGGAAUUAUUUCCCACAAAUCAACAUCAAGGUUCGAUUUCCUCGCGUGACAUACUUCAAUCCGUCUUUGCGAAAUUUGAGACAAGUGAGACGAGGCGGUGCAGCAUACCAUCGCUGCGUUACACAUACGUCGACGACCUACUGGGGAUUGCGAACCUUUAUUUAUUGAAAGUGGCUGUAGCAUAGUUUGAAUUUCAAGACUUAUUUCCAGCUCUAAACAAACACUGCGAAGAGAAAGUGUUGUUGUUACGAGUACACGUUUAUUCGCAAUUUUCCUCUAAUUACACCGUUCGGACCCUAUUUCGCUGACUAGUUACAUCGUCACCCAUCGUCCAGAGGAGUACAUUAUUUACGAACUGUACACUUUCCUUGGCUUGGACUUGGUUCUUCCGAUCGUCUAAAACACAAUCGUGAAGCAGUUUGUCAAUUGGGAAGCAUAAAAUUGAUCACUACUCCAACACCUUUAACCCAGGACAAGCGUGGUGUCCAACUUUCUCCACGUCGCACAACCACCAUCACCACCACGGCUUCAUCAGAACGUACGAAAUAAUUCAGGGGGAAUUAACUACCACUACAACUACUGCUACUCUCUUUGGAAGAACAAGCAACUCCUCGACUGCUGCUUCUGCUUCUUGUUGGCCAGAUUCUAAACUGGGAAUCGAGAGCAGUAGUGAAGUCAGCCUAUUGCCAUAACCAUAACCCGAAGCUAUUAAACUAUUAGUGCAACAGGAGAGUUGGUUAACGUCCUCCCAUCCUUAUCUGCAAUCUCCAGAGCGUGAGGGAAAAGUAACCCGAAGUUAAGCUGAGAAAAAGCCAUUUAGAUAAUCUUGGGGAAACCAAAUGGCUUUUGAAUCUGAGGAUAAAAUGGAGAAAAGUGUCCUCGCCAUCUUGCUUCUAUGCCUCCCAGGACUGCUGAGUGCGAGUUGCAGCAACCCACAGCCACCACAAUAUCUCGUGGAUCCGCAGUUUUUCAACCCAGACGCUGCAUUUCCCUCAAGUCCGCACGACUCUUUCGACUCAUCGAAUAAUAAUCUCAAUCCGGAUAUUGAUUCCAAGGGCGAUGAGUGCAAAAACGGGUGGUGCGGCGAGGACGGUAACUGCAUCUGUAACCCGUGCUGGAGCGGUCCGACGUGUCAAGAAUAUGUCGACAGAUUUGCUCCCCGGUUUUUGGCAGAAGAGCCAUUUUUCAUUGUGGAAGCAUCUUCGCCUGCUUCCAAUGGAGGUUCAAACUCUGGAGGAAGUGGCUACUCUACGUUCCUUGACCCAGCAUUUGACCCUGUUUACCCACAAUUCGCCUACUCGUCCUCAUCCUCAUCCUCAGCAGAUUUCGUGGACCCUGCCCCCUCACCUUCUCUCCCCCCUACAAACUCCUGGACGAAGGGGGGCAGCACCACAGCCGCCACCACCAGCACGCAGCACUACCAACCCCAAUUCUACCCACAGUUCCACAGCCACCAGAACCCAUUGCCCCUCUUCAGGAUAGAGUCAGCAGACGAUGAUCUGGGCCUUACAUGCCAGUUGGGCCAAAUCGGUCCAGCUGCCACUUGCCCGUGUGCAACCCCUCGCUACAAGGUGGUCGGAGCAACGACCACCUUCCCCGAAAAAUCUUUGGACCAUCCACCCUCGUUUGAGGAUGGGCUGGCAGAUGAGGAUGCAGCAGGGGCCAAAGGUAGUGGCGGUGGUGGGAAAGGAGACGACUCGUCGCCGUUGACGACAAGCAAGGAAUGUCGAAAUCAGAGUCACAACCACCCUGGCAACAAUCUCUUUUGGGCGGAUGAGGAGACUGGAGAUGUUUUUCUACGCCAAGGCUUCAAACUGCAGCCAAGCAAACACUACUUUAUCACUCUUCAAGUUUCUGCUCUGCCCGUGAACAGCAGUGGAUACAAGCCCUGGAAGGACGAAGUGGUCGCGACUCUCUUUGUGAGACCCCCUUCCUCCAUGGAGGACGGUCUUCUUGAUGGAAUUAACAACAUGCUCCUCGAACCGACCUUGUUUUCCGCGACUACGACCACUCCAGCUACACCGUCGUCUGAAACAGAGACGCAACACUCUUCCUCUUCACGUCACCAGGCUGGAGGAGGGGGUCUCGGGCAGCUAAUGGUUCAAAAUGAGUUAAAAUCGGAGGACGCAUCGCCAUUCUCGUCCGGAUACUUGUUCUCAAAAUCUUCAACGGAAGUUUACUCUGAAUCCAAUUCCAAAGAAGGAAACGAACAAGUUCUCUUUCAAGAAGAGGACAACAAAGAGAUCUCUCUCCUUGGACAACGAGACAGUUCUAAAUCAAAACAAACUUUACGACGGAUUAAUAUUAGAAACUCCAAGACCAAACUCCCAUACGCGCUCAGGGGUGACAGACCUCAUUAUAAGUUUGGCGAUUAUCAGAAAAAACAUCAUAAGGGCAACAAGGAUGGUGGGAGAAGUCGUGAUGAUGAUCCGGACAGUGACAAGGAUGACGUUAAUAUGGCUGGUCAAAAGGAUCAGCCCCCUUCUAAUGAUGAUGAUGAUGACGACGACGAUGAUGAUGAGAGUGCAGAGGAAGUGGUUCGACGUUCUCCUCAACCCGCGAUGCCACCAGCUUUUUUCGGAGAGGAAACAUUUCUUCAUCGUUGGAAACGCCAGACAUUGCUAACGGUCCCGGAAGACUUUCAACUCACUUUGUCCCGGGUUUCUGAUACUUUCACCAGUGGAAAGAUGGGUCUCGGCGACAAAAUUAAAAUGCAACUGGUUAUCCAAGUUCCAUCUUCUGUGAACUCAGUCGACUUUGAUGUCGAGAUCCUGAGCACGAAGGAAGUUCCCAGAUUUGCCAUCCUUUCAGCACAUGUCAGCUCUAUUGGGUCGGACAUCUCCUUUGACAAAGAUCACACAAACUUGGCUCCGAUCCUUAAGCCUUCUAAGAACGUCUCCUUGUACGACAGUGCACUCUGGCACUGGAAGGGAGUGAGUCGUGAGGGAAAAAAUGAGCAUCAGAGUAACAACAAAGGGAUCACAAUAGACUUUGACAUAGUUCCUGUUGGUGGUGCGAGUUAUUCAAAUGUGUCACGUCGGGCUCCUUUAUUACAACUUUCAUCAUUACCAACCUCAUCAUCAUUAUCAAAGGGUGGUAGCAGGAGCAGCAGUCGCUACCAGGGUCACAACCAACGGACAAAUGUCAGCCCAUUAGGAAAAAUGACAAAAGAUUUUAAUACGUACCUGCUCCCCAUCCGCGCCCAUCUCACAUUCCCGCCUCCGCCUCCUCCCAAAAAUGGAGAAGCACCCCAUCAGCAGCCCUAUCAAUCAAACACUGCCGAGAAAAUCUCACAGCAGCGUCUUUUCACCCUUUUCGUCAACUCUUCUGCCUCGGCUGACACUCUCCCAAAUGGAUCCGCUUCCGGACAUUGGGCUGACAAGAAUUUGAAUAUGGUGACAACGACGGGAAAUCGCCUCCUAAAUCGAGUUCACGGAGUUCGAGUGGGUGUGGAAGGGCCGCGAGAAAUUCCUCAAGGGGAGUGGAAGUCAUACACUGUCAAAGUGUACCUACAUCAACCCACUCAGUUCAAACUCACCAUUGAGCAGGUGGAAGGGAACGAAAUUGCUGACCAGGACUCCAUAUCUGUGGGAGACAUCCGCUUGGUGAAAAUGGGCAAAAACAUUGCGAGCUGUAACCAACUGUCAGAGAAAGUGGGAUUUCGUGUGUUCUGCAAAAAGUUGUCCGGAGGCAGGAAGGGAGAUCUGUGCACCAUCGAGUCCCCUUCGCUCAACCUGUGUCCUCUAAAUUUACACCAUCGGUCAGACCGGAAUUUCUCAAACGCAGAAGAGGACGACGAGCUCUUGGCACCCGCGUCUUCGAAGGAAGAUGACAAUGACAACAGCGCAAAGGAGGACGACAGUGAGGAAAAUGCUCUCGUAUUCCAGGGCAUAAUUUACGGACUUCCAGGAGCUGCUCCAGGAUCCCAAUUUGUCCUCCGAGCCAAAGUCCAAGCUCAGUUAAACCCUUCACCAACAAUGCCCGCCACAGUUUACCAAGAGGAAAAAACAUUGUCCGGAAAAAUCGUACAAAGACGGAUCGAGUCAAAGGCAAAGGGUUCGAAGACAGCGGCGUCGAAGGAGAAAAAUGAUUUCCACACGGGAAAAAAUCGCAUUUCCAUAAUGCCACACGAGAACGAGAACGGUGGUGGUCACACGGCGACGGGGGAGAAGUUUAUUGGAAAUAAAAGAAUGAAAGAUCCCACCACGGCCACCUCCAGAUCACGGAGGAGCAUUUUUAACUCUCAAUUUCUCACAAGUAGUUCGGCAGCAGCAACGACUUCUUCGCAGAAGAAACCAAAGAGACAAAGUGCCACGGGAAGUGUUAAGUCGCAUCAUCGGAGGUUGCAGAAUUUGAGGAGAUUCGAUGGGAAACAAGUGUAAGUUUAGAACGAUAUAUGUAGAGACAGACUGCUUGUUGGGGAAAUGCGGAUUUGUAUGUAUACAACUGGGCAAGGAAACGAUACAUGAAAACAUAAAUACAUAUAAUGAGAAGGUUGUCUCUCUUUCUUGGUAAUGGGAUUCCCAACGACAACAACUAUGGUAAGAUUUGAGAAGUCGGAGAAAUUUCAUAUUUUUGAGGUCGCCGUAAACUUUCUAUUGGGUACGGCGUAUUAUGUAUAUAUGUGUAACGAUAUUUGUAAAUAUGUAUGGUUAACAAUUUCAUGAUGAAAUGAAAUAUUUAGUAAUGACUUUGAAUUCCUUUCACUAUGUAGCAAUUGUAAAAUUUAGUAUAAGAAGAUGUAUGUAGUAUUGAGUUGUAAGAUUUUGAAAUAUUUUCGUUUGUGAUUAAGUCGUAGAUACUUUUCUGAAUUCGUUCAUUCCUUAAAUAAGAUAUACGAAAAACUUUUGUAGUAAUAUAUUUACUGCUGCCCUGGAGCACCCCUUCCUCCUUCGACAUCUACUCUGUUGUAUCUAUCUCAUACAUGUAACUAUAUAAUAAGAGUAAAACUUGAUAAGCUAUAUAAAUACUACAUACAUAACGUACAUACUCAUGUAUUCACACAAAAUGUAUAUCAUAUUUCUAUACAGCUACAUAAAUAUGUUUGAUCAAUUAAUCAACAUUAAUCGUAUUCUACAUUCAAACGCGAUAAGCCUCUUUCUACAGCUUAUCGAGCUACGAACUUAAUUUGAAUUUAAGAAACAAAAAAUAUUAAAAAUGGUGUGACAAGUUAUCGUAUAAUUUUCUGGAUAUAUAAAUCAAUAGUCGUUCUGCAUAUGAUCAAUCACAACCUUUCCUACAAGUAACUGUAGACCUUGACCCCUUUACAUACAUUCUGCAGUUGCUGCUGUCUCAAGCUAAUGACCGCAGAUGAAUUAAUUCCCCACCAUCAUGCAAGUAAUUAAUUUACCAGAUAUGUAAUAAAAAUAUAUACACCAACCAUCAAGUAAUUUAUGUAACCUUUAAAAUAACUGUAACGAUAACUUACACAGAAUAAUAAUUUAAGUGAAUUUUAAUUUGAGAAAUUUGUGAAAGUUGAAAAUAAAUAAAUAUUUAAAAAUUGA